AAUGUGUAUUGGUCAGUAUACCGCAGUAGACGAGCAGAGGCCGCCUACGUGGUUUAAACAAACACUCUUAAACCCUGUGUAAUCAUUCACCAUUCACCGGUAAAUUUUCUUGCACUUAAAUCACAAUAGAAAAAGGCUUUUCAAACUCCCUCAGCUGUUUCACUACACCUUUUAUCGCGGCCCCGUGAUUUAAGAAAUGACAUUGUUAUUUGAUCAUGCAGUGGGAUAUAUACCACGAUUAAAUUUACAUUACAAAAUCGCUUGGAUGUUUUAAAGUCAACAUUUAAAAAAAUGAUAAAGUCGGUGUGAAAAUGCGCAAGUUUUACAGAAACAACAAGGACAAGUUGAUAUCUGGAAUGUUAUCUGGGAGUUUACUGGUCGGGGAUUUGAUCAUCGGCGUCCUUGCCAGUUUCGGACUGUCGGAGCCGGUGUUUCCGGAGACGGGGGCGUACAGUCACGUGUUCGUGUUCCCUACAGUGAUGUUCGCAAUAUCCGGGUUCCUGGGACUGAUAUUGUCCGUCUACAGAGAUGUGAUGAAGUGGUUGUUAAACAUCCAUGCCGCUUUUCUGGUAAUGACCAUUUUGAUUGCGAUGACGUCAUUUAUGGCGAUUUCUAAUAAUGUAAAAACAUUUGACCUUGACAACUGCUUCUUCAACGGAACCGUGUGUGAUUGCAGGGACGGUACGCCGAUGGACGUUGAUUGUGAUACACUCUCUCACCUGCACGUGUUUGUCUUCAUAGUGAUUGUUACGUUUCUGGGGUGUGUCCUUCUGUGUUUGGUGGAGACGGUCUGGGAUGCCAAGCGCAUGUGCUGUGGUGAUGAGAUAGAAGAUAUCCCAGGAGUACUCGACUACGACGGAGACAAUGUCCCCAGACAACACGUGUCCACAGUCCCCGGUGUGUUGGAAAUAACCACAGAGGACCAGGCAACUAGUGGCGGACACAACUAUCUCAAAAACAUUGAAACUGGGGUGAUAUAGAGGGCCGCCGAUGGUUUGUUAAAGGAUUACCUUUUGCCCAGGAUUUGCCGAGCAUGCGCAAUAUAUUAAGCAAAGACAUGCCAGUUUUGCGGAGGAUUACUGCAUUCUGUGUUCAGAUCUGCAAAGAAGAUGGUGCUUUUGAGAUGUUUUUACAUAAUAUGAAUGAGAGGAGAUUUGCCCAUAAAAGCACUGUUGAUGUAUUGCGAUUCAUUGCUCGUUGUUUCCUUUUAAUGUGGUGUUCUAUUGGUAAUAAAUAGUCAUACUGUGAAUCUCAGCAAAAUACUUUAAAUUGUUGUUUGUGCAAAAGAAAAGGUAAAUGAACUUAUAGCACUACGAUGCAACAAUAUCACGAAGAGAACGGACUUCUAAGAAGGAGGAAGGAGAAUUUAUAUUAUUUUCUUAACAUUGAGUAACAUUUUAAAGUCUUUCUAGCAAUAUUUAAAUUCAUAAAAAGAAAUAUUACUAAACUUUUGCCAUUGCACACCUAAUUAUAUUUUCUUGUUUAGUAUAUAUAUGGACAAGAAUAAAUGAAAGAACAUUUGGAGACGAUGUAGUGGGUGUG